UGACUUUGGGGAAGAAUCUGGUAUGUAUGUUUUAGUCUGCUUUGGUAAAUUUGAUGUUUUAAUAGAAAGGAGAUACGCAUUCUAAAAUAAACAAAUCAGCAUCCAGAAGGUGGCAGUGAAGUAUAGCAGUACAUAAUUGCCUUUUCUGAAUCAAAACAAAGGAAUCUUUAACCACACCAGGCUAGAACUGGGAGGUGGUUUCCUGAGAGGAAAAAAUGAGAAGACCUCUGCUUGUGGAAGAGAUUUGGGUAUCUUUAGUAGCCACUAGGUCUGAUCCUCUAUGAGCUGAAAUGAGCUAAAUGUGACCAAGUGCUUACUUGUCUCAGCAAGAGUCUUGUUACCAGACAAAUUAUUACUAUUUUGUCAGGACUUGAUCAGGUAGAGCUUCACCUGAAGUAGAGACAGCAGCAAACCCAGUCAGAAACACCAUGUGUACACUUUUUAUGGAGAAAGUCUUUCAUGAAAAAUGAUUUCCGAGAAAGCAUGCACACAAUCAGGCGUACAGCUCACGAAAAGGUGUUACACAGCUUUGUCCUAUUCUGUCUUAUUGUUUCACUUCAGGGAGUGGCGCACAAGGUGAACAGCCCUAUUUGUUUUCCGAGUUUAUGGUACUCCACAAUCGGCAAUAAGGAAGAAAGAAGGCCAAAGGCAAAACCAAACGAGAAAAGCAAAGGGUGUGUUUGCUUACACAGCAUUCUCAGGCACUAUCAUUUAAGGCGGGAAGCCCUUUUCUGCAAAUUGUAGUCUACAGCAAAUUCUCCUCCAAAUACGUAAGGAUUUAAAUUUCUGCAAUUCAAAGAAAUCUUCCCAGACUUGUUAUGAGAGCAGGCUUUCUGUAUUAAAAAUGUAAAACAGAAUGUGAAAACCUCACUGCAUAUUUACAGCAAAAGAAUUUUGCCCUUUGCAAGACUGGGCUCCACGUUUCCUGAGAACAGGCAUUAGAGAAUAAAUAAACGCUUCCCCGCUCUCCUGACAAACUUUCCCUCGCUCUGCCGACGCCGCCUGCUAACUUCUCUCCGGAGCAAGGCUGGCAAGUUUUGAGGUCCUGACUGAAAAAGCUCUCGCUCUUGCAUAACUACAAGCCACACUGGGCAAUUGGCGGGCUCAGCCCGGAAGGUUUGAGGCAGGCUGAGGCCGAGAAGGAGGCUGCGUGCGGCACCAGGGGGCGGAGAGAAACAAACUGAGCGCCCGUGGCAAGCGAGCCACAAGGCGUGUGCGAGGUCGUGGAGGAAGCCGAAGGUAAGCUAACGCAACAUGACGUCCGGAUGUUAGGCAAGCCCGCUUUCUCUACUGUAGUCGCCGCUGAGAGCCCCACUACGUGCUGCUUGCCCCCCGCUGGGUUCCAGGGCAACCGUGAAAAGAAGCUCUUGCUAAGACAUAGUUUUAGGGCUGAAACCUAAGCACGGUAGACCAAAAAAAAAAAAAAAGUCCCACAGCUUCCAGCCAUCCAGGGACGUGCUGGACGUUGCAGGAUUUAGGUUUGUGCAAAAAUGCCCGGGGGGAAAUGGCACCCUUAGAGCAAGGUCCGCUUGGCCUUCAGAAGGCGUGAGGAUGAGUCGUGAUGAGAGGGACACUCAGGUAACAAGGAAAGGUCUGCAACUCUCAGCAUGUCCCAGCCAGCCGUGCUAGGCAAUCCUCGACUACUACAGAAAAAUUGAAAACAGAAAAAAAGGGAUUUUUUUCAUAUCUAGACUUGCAUAGGAUUGUGCUUUGUCGACUGUAAAGUAAGUCCCAUGGAGUUCACUGAAAUCUAUUAGCCAGGUAAGCGUGUAUGCCAUCAUAGACUUAGUUUUAUGUACUUAACAAGGCUUAACCUAGCUUAAUGUUAUUUCAUAACAUGUUAUUUAAACGGCUGAAUAUUAUUUUAGAAGUUUUGUCUAGUAUCUGGUGACAUAGACUAGUCCACCGUGGUUUAGGCUCUGAACAGUGGUUGAGUGGCUACAAGAAAUUUUGUUGCUUUUUCUGCAACAAACUAACAUGGUAGGGCCCUGAAAAUGCUUAUUUACCAUUUGCCAACACACUUUCCAGGGGAGAAACAUUCAUAGUCAUGCAGUGCAGUGUGGUGUGAAAGGGUGGCUGCAAGAAAGGCUGGUGCAUGAUCUUUAGACCCAUGUGUCGCUGUAUCUCAGAACCCUGAUAAGGCCAAAAUUGCAGAGUUUAAAGAUGGCUGAGCACUUCUCACAUUCACUUGCAGAAAUACUUGUUUCUCAAAAUAAUUGUGAUAUAGGUACACCCAGAACCAUAGAUCAAAAUCAAUGCUGAAUUGAGGGUGGGGAUGGUUAAAAAUUUUUUUGAUCAACACUAUGGGUAUUUCAGUUACUUCUUGUGGAGGGUCACUGUCAGGCCCUAAAGACCCUAAGCAACUGUGAGGAGGGAACGAUUAGCACAUAAUAAAUACCUCAUGUAAAAAAUCUUUCUGAGUGCUAGAGCACAUAUGUUGUAUGCAAAGGGUUCUAGAUUCAAUACAGGUGCCUCUCCAAUUAAAAAAAAACGAAUCUGAGGCAAUGAAGCUGGAAAGGAAAGCCACUAUCAAUAAAAAUAGACAAUAUUAAGCUGUAUGAACCAAGGUCUCAGUAUUAGACAACUUAAUAUACCUAUAUGGUAAAAACAAAAAACACAAAAUGGUUAGAAUUCAUGUUGAAAUUUUCCUACCAACAUUUUCUUUUUUAGAUCACUCAUAUUUUACUACGUUCAGUUGUGCCAUGGCCUCUGUCCCAGCUGAUGAGAAAGUUCAGGCCUCCUCAACAGAACAGAAGAGCCAGAGCCUGAUGCAUUGUCCAAUUUCAAAUCUUAAUAAUGAAGAAAUUGUAAAGCUCCGUCAGCAAUGCAAAGAGGAAAGUUUUUGGUACAGAGCUCUUCCUCUCUCUUUGGGAAGUAUGCUUGUUACUCAAGGACUACUCGCUAAUGGUGUUUUCAAACCACACCCCAAAUUUGGAUCCCUCCCAAAAUUAGCAGGUGGAGUGGAGGCUGAGAUUCUUUGGAACUAGAAAGCUGGAAGAACAUCCCACAGGAUUGCAUUCUUAGGAAGUAGUACUUGUCAAACUCAUAUGACUUGUUCCCUUCCACAAUUAAACUUGCUCUACCUUUUCGGUCUUUCAGUAGAGUAACAACCCAUUGUUAUGGGUGAAGAUGCUGAGAUCCUCCUAGGCAGCUGUGUGUGCAUAACCUACUGCCGUAUUCAAGGAACAAUAAACUUGGCAAUAAACCAAGUCAUGGAUGAGAAAGGUCUUAUUCUGGGCUGACCUGGUGUAGCAAUUAGAGUUUGGAUUGACACUUGGGAUAUUCAGGUUCUAGUCUUCAUUCAGCCAUAAAGCUCACAGUGGGCCACUUACUGAUUCAGCCUAACAUACCUCAGGGUUGUUGUGGAGGACCCAUGUAAGCUGCCCUGGGUUCCUUGCAAGAGGGAAAAAGACAAGAUAUAAAUAAUAGCCACCCUCUAAACCACAUACCACAUCAUUAGAAUAAAACCACAGCAAUUCAUGGGCUUCUCUCUUAACAGGUCAGUGUGGGAGGGAAGUGAUCUGAGGAAUGCCCUUUCAAGUUGACUACCAAUGAACAUCUUAAAUUUGACAUUGCAAGAUAAUUCAUUAUCUCUUUGCAGUUGCCGGUGUUCUAGGUUAUGCUGUUGGAACAAUGUCAUACAUAGGAACAUGUCAGAAAAAGUUUACAAAUGCUGGUUUUCAAAUGUUUGGCCCAGGACAGAAAAGGUGGGUUGAGAAUAUAUGUAACACUUGGCUUUCUUAAAGUGAUGAGUUGUCUGAUAAAAACAAAAAACUUUAAAGGGAAUCAAACUUCCUUGCCUUUUUGAUACUUUCAGUGCCAAGAUUCAGAUAAUUUAAUCUGGAAGGGAAAUCGGUUAGUUUCAUAAGUGGCAGCAUUUGAACUUCUGCUAGACAGGAGGAAAGUGCUAGAUCAGGGAUCCUCAAACUUUU